AUGGGCUCCACGUGCUGUUCGGGCCAGGAGGUGAGUGGAGAACAGGACGUCAUCCUCAAUGUUUACGACGUGGGAAACAGCUUUGAGAUGGACUUCCUUAACAAUGUCCUCUACCUGGUCGGCACCGGCGUCUACCAUGCCGGCACCCAGAUCGGCAAAGAGGUGGAGUGGGCCUACGGCUACACACCGAAGGGCUCCGGUGUGUUCCACUGUGAGCCGAAGGGCUAUCCGUUCAAGUUCCGCCAGUCGAUCAAGCUAGGGACCACCCCCCUCCAGGGGGAGGAGCUCAAGGAGGCCAUUGUCAAGCUUGAGGAUCAGUUCCAAGGUGAAGACUACGACCUUCUUCACAAGAACUGCUGCCACUUUGCCGUGGCACUGUGCCAGGCCUUGCAAGUCGAAAAUGUGCCCCAUUGGGUCACCAGCCUCGCUGGAAUCGCCGCCUUUGUGGUGGAUGAAGAGCAG